AUGAGAAAAGUGGGAAGAGUUGAUCUCUGCGUGCUGGUUAUUUUCUGCUACUGUUCUUUCAUACAAGGUGAACAUACAUCCAGCCUACCCACACCUACUUCAGAUCCGAAAGUGCCAGCCAACUCCUCGCCUCACUACAACCUCUCUACUGUAGAAACUACUUCCCAUCUCAAUAUCUCCUUAAAUGCAACAACAUUCUCUACCAAUGUCACCCUUACUAAGACUCAAAAUGAUACUACAGAAAGCACAAAUGCUUCAGCCUCUUCCACAGCAGUUACUAAGACUACAGCGGAUUCACUCACACCACUAAACACUUCAGAUAUUUCUGGGAACCUCACCUACAGCCAAAAUAGUUCUGUGCUUUCAACACAAGAUAACCAGACCCUCUCCACCCAAAUAUCAUCCACCACCAUUACCCUUGUAACCACGACCGACCAUAAAGCUAAUUCUACGAUGAGCACGCCUGCUUUUUCUACGACAAACCAGACUUUCCCUGCUUCACCCAGGUCUCAGAGUACAACUUCCAUCCCUGAACCAUCUAGCACGUCAACACCCACUACAGUGGCUACUCAAACCAGUCUUAAAACCUCUGCUAGCACAAAAGGUACAACAGCUUUAAAAACAACAACAACAUCAACAACCACUAUCACUCAGAGCACAGAGCAUAUAAAACCUGGAAGCAGCACGUUGAUCCCGGCUAAAACUCAUGCUGACUCCCCGUCUGAACUAAACAUUGGAGAUGAUGAUUCCAGCGUACCAGUGGAUCCUCUCUUGGCCGGCCUGGUGUCUGCGUUUGUGGUGACUGCCGCUAUCGUCUCACUUCUGAUAUUUCUGAAAUUCAGACGCAGAAAUGAGGAACCAGAAUUCCGUCGCCUUCAGGAUCUUCCCAUGGAUGAUAUGAUGGAGGACACCCCUCUGUCAAUGUACAACUACUGAGUGACUGACAGAAAGCCAUGAAGCCUUGAACAAGACAACGACAUCCUCUGAGCUGUUCUCUUCUAAUU